AUGACAACCAUGCAGGAGCGACCAAAACUCAUAGUGGGUGUUGACUUCGGAACAACCUUCAGCGGCGUUGCCUGGGGAUUGGAAGACUGCCCUGAUGAUAUUGAGCUCAUUCAGACAUGGCCAGGUUGUGGCAACAUUACAAGCCAGAAAGUUCCGACUCUAUGUUCCUAUGACGGCAAGAACAUUAAAUGGGGUUAUCAAACUGACCAGUCGAUCCAUCCGGGCAAGGAGCAGCGCCUCAUCCAAGGAGUUAAGCUUUUGCUAGAUGAAAGCCAGGAAUUCCGCUACGCACCUGCUGCUAAAUCUCAAGAGAUUAUCAAAGACCUGAAGAAAACGCCGAUGGAGGUGGCUGGUGACUACUUGGGAAAAUUAGUCGCCCACGCCCAGGAUGUCUUGAAACGCCGCUUUAGUACUGCGUUGCAAACCAUGGACUUGGAAUAUGUCCUCACUGUCCCCGCUGUAUGGUCUGACAAAGCCAAAGAUCUUACUUUGCAGGCGGCACACCGAGCCGGUAUAUCUCCUGGAAGUUUGGGACUCUUGUCUGAGCCGGAGGCAGCUGCGGUGUGUGCAAUUCAGACGAUUCAACCAAAUACAAUCUCGGAAGGAGACUGCUUAGUUGUCUGUGAUGCUGGGGGUGGAACGGUGGACAUCAUUACCUAUCGCGUCAAGGAAACCGACCCUCUAAGAUUUGAGGAAGCCACGGAAGGAACUGGUGCUGUUUGUGGCUCAGUGAUGUUGGACGAGAGAUUUGACGCACUUAUCAAAGACAUCAUUGAAAAACAGUCACACCAACCGAUCCCCCAGUCUACUAUCAGGGCUGCAAGAAAGUACUGGCAAGACUACAUCAAGCCUGGCUACACAGGUCCUCUCGACGACGAUGAGAUGUGUGAGCCAGGAUAUUGGAUCCCAGUUCCUGGGGUUUCGGGGAUCUCAAACGUCGACCUUAGCGAGGGGCACUUAUAUCUGGACAGGGACCAAGUGAAAGGAAUCUUCGAUCCUAUCGUCGAGCAGAUCGAGGAUCUUGUCACCGAGCAGAGAAUGAGCGUGAAGGAAGCAGGGUUUUCAACCAAGGCUAUUAUUCUGGUCGGGGGUCUUGGAGCCUCGGAGUAUCUCUUUAAACGCCUACAGGCUGAUUCCGAUGGUAUCCAAGUCAUGCAGCCCCCAAACGCGUGGUCUGCCGUUGCUCGGGGUGCUGUUAUCCGUGGCCAGGAAGGCAACCAAGUAGAGAGUCGCAUUGCCAGAUGCAGUUAUGGCGUUGAUACGAGAAACUGGUUUGAUUCCACAAAGCAUCGCGCAGAUGAAAACCUCGUAUGGUGUCCUUAUGAAGAGGCAUGGAAGGUGGACAAUCUAACCUCCGGUGGUCCUGAACAUUCCUUGGAGGCUUUGAGUGCUUACUUGAGGGACUUUGAGGGAACCCCCAUGGCCGAGAGUAAGCCAAUAAGGAUGAACUUCUACCACGCGGUCGGCGUUGGCGGAUCUUUUGUAUUUGAGUCAAGGUUGUGGUUUUGCCAGGUGGACACACCUCCCAAAGAGAGGGAUUCCAGUGUCGCAAAACUGUGUGUGCUGGAAACAGAUCUGAGCAGAAUCCCGAAACAGCUAUUUGAAAAGAAGAGGAACUCCAAAGGGCAAGAAUUUUACCACGUCAAGUUCGAGUUGGUUUUAACGCCAACCUCUGCAUCACUGUUGUUUGAUCUACAAUUCAAUGGUGUAUCCUAUGGGAGCGUGAGAUCUCGCUAUUGA